UUUAAAUUAUUUUGAACGUGCCUUGGUCGGCUAAGCAAGAAGAUUUGCGAGUUGCGACAAUUUCGAUUCGAUCGACCUUCGUGGUUUUGUGGCAGUAUACUUGUUUCAGGGGGAAAUUAUUUAAAAAAAUCAUCAUGUCUAUGAUGAAGACGAAUAUGCUGGUGCGUUCCUUGAGCACGUCUGCCUCUGCCUCUCAGAUGGUCAAACCCCCUGUACAAGUUUUUGGUUUGGAAGGUAGAUAUGCGUCUGCCUUGUAUUCGGCAGCUUCCAAGAGCAAAGCUUUGGAUACCGUUGAGAAGGAAUUGACGCAGUUCCAGCAGUCCAUUAAAUCUGAUGCUAAACUGAAAGAAUUCAUCAUCAACCCUACCCUGAAGAGGAACCUUAAAGCUGAAGCUCUUAAACAUCUGGCUACCAAGACUAGCAUGUCAGCCACAACAAGCAACCUAUUGGGAAUCUUGGCUGAGAAUGGUCGUUUAAACAAAUUGGAGGCUGUAAUCAAUGCUUACAAGAUUAUGAUGUCUGCUCACCGUGGGGAGGUCACCUGUGAAGUUAUCACUGCUACUCCCUUGGAUGCUGAACAGAAGAAAAGCUUGGAAGCUGCUCUCAAGAAAUUCUUAAAAGGCAAUGAGCAACUGCAACUGACAGCCACUGUGGAUCCUUCCAUUAUUGGAGGCAUGGUUGUAUCUAUUGGUGACAAGUUUGUGGACAUGAGUGUGGCCAGCAAAGUGAAGAAGUACACUGAGCUCAUCAGUGCCUCUGCAUAAAUGUUAUCAACUAGCCAUGAUAUAAUUAGUAAGGAGAACAAUUAAAUUAUGCAAUAAAUGUGAAAGAUCA